CCGAACAUUGCCACGUAACCGAGCCUACAUCACCAAAGUAAAAGGCGCCGUUCAAAUUCCCCCACACUUCGACGUCGUCGGCCGUCGGGCGUCUUGCCGAAUUCCAGCGUGGCCCGCCUUCCACCUGCGGCUAGCGAGGCAUCGCCUCUUUCGCGCCCCCCUAAUAAGCCGACCCCACCAUCCUCGCAUCUGUCAAAAGCCCAUCGUCCAGCGCCUCUUCCGAGACACCGCGCCUCGUGCAACGCCCACGCGCGCUCCGACGACCUGUCGACGCCAGACUCGUCCGAUCCCGCCAGCGCUUCGCCUUUGGCUCGCUCGGGCGGGUCCCGUGAAUCUACAACGGCUUGCUCCUGUUUGCGCAUGCGUCUCGGGGUUGGUCGCAACCGGCCGACUUGAAGCGGGUCAUCACGGCGACCGAGGGGUCUUUCGUGGCUGACAUUCGCAUUCGCAACGCACAAGAACGACACACAAUACCGCUACGACACGGACGGCGCUCGCGAGAUCCUUGCGCGCAGGUCUUUGGCUUCUCGAGGCUUCACAAGUGAAGAAAUAGGACAACUGCCAACGGCGACGACACCGAGCCUUGGGACAUGGAGGCGCAUAUCCUGGCUGCCCUCAUUCGUUCAACGUAAACGACUCAGACUUGGCAAGAGGCUUUUCUUACGCGGACAAUCGUGACGCUGCUACACUAGACGUCAUCGAAUACCUGCCCUCCGCAACGCUGCCGGCGAUAUGGCUUACGAAGGAGGCUACGGCGGCACUGGCCAGCAUCGCCCAUAUGCUGGACCUGCAGCACCACGCUCUGCCCCUCGCGGAUACAACGACCGGCCGCCGCCCACGAGGCAGUACGAACCGCACCCUCAGUACAACGGCUACGAUGACGGGUACGGCUACGAGGGCCAGGCUGCAGAUUAUGGCCACCAGCAACAGGAUUACGGGCACGCCCACUCGGGCCAGCGACUGCCGCCCCAAGACUACUCCGGGCCUAGAGUCGGAGGUGGUGGCCGUCCCAUGCCCCCGGGCGGUCGUGGAGGUCUAGGACCCCGGCCUUCAACUGCCGAAGAUCAUCGUGGAAAUGCGUAUCCGCCUCGGGGCAGGGGAAUGGGGCCUGCGCCCGACCGAAGUAUGCCCGUUGGCAGAGGUGGCCCUGCCUCGGCCUUUCAUGGUCGUCGUCCGCCGAUGAAUGGGCCGCCGGGCCGUCGAGAUCCUGGGUACGGCCAAGACCAGGGUCUCCCUGACCAGAUGUCUGCGAUGUCUCUUCAUAGUCAACGAUCCGGCGGCCAUCCGCAAGGCCGUUCCAGCUCGGAAAGCUAUCGAGGACCCGGAGAUUACGGUCGACAGUUUCCGAAUGGGGCACCGGGCCCUCAGUCGCGAGACUAUCCAAGACAGGGGUCGCUCCCCGGUCGGGAACCCGGAGGGUAUGGAGGCUACGAGGACGGCUAUGGCGCCGAGCCUAACGUGGCCCCCCGCCAUGACUUUGGCCCUCCUGGCCGGAGCAUGACCAUGCCUGUCCACGAGUCGGGUGCGAGGCAAGCCAUGCCUCCACCUCAGCGAGUAGACUCGAUGCCGUUCAGUGGCCCCGCUGGGCGUGGCAUGCCACCGAGGCCGUCAACCACAACCGGCACGCGCCCAGUGCCUCAACGGACAUACCCCGAAGACGCGAACGCACAGAAUCAGUAUGGAGGCACCUACAACGACGGCAGGGGUCGCGGAAACCAACCCGCUCCCUCUGUCGACGAAGUCUUCGACUCAUACUUCGACAACAACCCCGUAGGCAAUGCGGACUAUGGCUUCCAGCCACAGCCACAUCGUUCGAGUCUUCCCGAUCUUGAUUCCACCCAGCCUCAGAGGCGAGGAUCUUUCGAUCAUGCGAUGUUUCCAGGGCCACAGCAGCCUCACCAGGGCGCUCACCAAACUCCGAGAUUGCACCACGCCAAAUCGGAGGCGAAUUUUCGCGAGCCGCAGGCGGCCGUCUUCGAAAUGGCCGGUGAUAUACCGUCAGUCCCUACAGCAUCUCACAUCAAGCCGUACCAGCCCGAGUUCUCGGGGGGAUAUGGCGGCUCUGGGGGCUAUGAAGCGAUGCCACCCCCUCCUCGCGGGCCCAGCGCACCGCCUGGUCCUAUUCACGGCGCGCGACCGGGAGGGUUUGGGCGCGAUGACAUGUCCAGAACACACACGGGCCUGUCACAGAGCUCCAACUCCGACUCGUUACCAUCCCAUCCCACGCCGGUGCGUCCAGGUUUGAUGACGAACUCGAUGGUGAGCAUGCAAGACCGACCACCUCCUGUCCGCAACUACAGCGGCGUACCGCAGAGCGUACCAGCGCAGCCGCAGCCGCAACCGCAGCCCCAUCCUCCUCAGCAACAGCCACAGCCGCCGCAGCAGCCGCAGCCGCGCAUAGCCGCACGAGCGGGCCACCAGGUUCCGGAGGUCGCGCCCUUGGAGGAGCCAGUGACACCGCAGGAGCUCGAGAGACUUCGAAUGGUUAUCAAGGACAACGCCAACGACCAAGCCUCGGCUCUCAGGCUAGCAAAGAAACUCAUCGAAGCGGCCGAUGUGCUUGCGCCUAGGCUACCUGAUCCCAAGCAACGUGUGAGAGCGCGAGAGCGAUAUCUGAUGGACGCGCACAAGGUUUUGAAGAAGCUUUCCAACGCCCAAAAUCAGGAGGCAAUGUUCGUCAUGGCCGAUAGCAUUGGCCGGGGUCUUUUCGGACACGAACCGGAUAACAAGGAGGCAUUCACACUGUAUCAGUCGGCAGCCAAGCUUGGCCAUGCGGCUGCGGCGUACCGGACUGCCGUGUGCUGCGAGAUAGGGCAUGAAGAGGGUGGUGGGACACGCAAGGAUCCCUUGAAAGCCAUGCAGUGGUACAAGCGGGCAGCGACGCUUGGCGAUCCGCCCGCUAUGUACAAGGUUGGAAUGAUCCUCUUGAAGGGAUUGCUGGGCCAGCCCAGAAACCCGCGAGAGGCGGUGGGGUGGUUGAAGCGGGCAGCCGACCAAGCGGAUACGGAGAAUCCUCACGCUCUGCACGAACUCGGACUGCUGUAUGAGUCUGCGCAGCCAAACGACGCCAUCAUCAGAGACGAAAUGUAUGCCCUGAAUCUGUUCCAGCAAGCAGCUGAACUUGGUUACAAGUUCUCACAAUUCCGGCUGGGAUGCGCGUAUGAAUUUGGGCUGCUUGGUUGCCCAAUCGACCCAAGACAGUCCAUAUUCUGGUAUAGCAAGGCAGCGACGCAAGAGGAGCACCAGUCCGAGUUGGCCCUCAGUGGCUGGUACCUUACCGGAAGUGAGGGAGUCUUGGGCCAAAGCGACACGGAGGCCUACUUGUGGGCGAGGAAGGCGGCGGUAGCGGGGCUAGCCAAGGCCGAGUACGCCAUGGGAUACUUUACAGAAACGGGUAUCGGUGUUCCAGCGAAUCUCGAGGAUGCCAAGCGGUGGUAUUGGAGGGCUGCGGCGCAAGAUUUCCCAAAGGCACGAGAGAGGCUGGAGGACCUCAAACGGGCGGGCAAGAACGGCUACCCAAGACAACGUGAACGAAUAUCGCGGAGUCGCAUCGAAAAGCAGCAAGAUGGGGAAUGCACAGUCAUGUAAAGCCGGGUCCAGUCUCAUCGGCCAAGAGCAUGUGCGAAAUUAUUCGCUGUAGAGUUGGGCAGACUGGGGCGCGGCGCCGGAACAAGGGGUCGCGGCGUCUACCCCGCUAGGUGGAUGGGCAGGUAGUUGCAGGCUAUGUACGACGAUGCAUGGUUGAGCCGGCUUGUCAAUUUAGCUCCGUCGCUACCUGCGUGACAGCCGCACAGUGACGUAAUAUUCGGGGUCGCGUCUGGCUUACAUGUCGGCUAUGUGAACCAAUGGCCGCGGUUGUGCAAACUUUGUGGAGUAGCGGCAGGCUAAGCAACUUCAACUCGUGGCGUAGAUGCAAGCCGGUGACGUGGCUACAAAGAGACAGCUACAGAUGGGAUCAGCAAGAGGGCAGGGAUCACUACUCUCCAUGACGGGCGAUCACGGUCCCCAGAUUGGCCAUGGGCUCGUUGAACGUCGGGUCAUUAACGCAGAAACGCCUCUCAAGGAUAUAAAUCGCACCGGGGAGGUACGAAACAGGUAUUGGGCCACAACCAACAUCCAAAGGGGGGGGGGGGUUCUAUUUUUCUACUACCGCCUACCAAACAA